UCGAAACACUCUUCUUCUUCUCCCCCUUUCCCCACCCGGAGCGAACAAAAACCCUCCUCCCUUGGGAAUCCAUUCCGCUCCCGCUCCUCUCGUCGCCGUCCGCAGCAGCGAGAUGGCUCCGCAAUUCGUGUUCCCCUCGACCCUGCGGGAUCUCGAGCGGGACCCCGACGGGGACGACGAAGGGGAGUCGCUGCGGCCGCAGGACCCCAUCGCCGUCACGUCCCUCCGCCCCGCCGACCUCGAGGAGUUCGUCAAAGGCACAUCAUUUGAUUUGUCUGACAAAGAACUCUUCUGCAUCGAGGAGCAGGAUGUGUUUAAUAAUAUAUACUCUCUUGUGCGUGACUUUACUUGCCUGCCCCCAGCACUUAAGUUCAACCUUGUUGAGGCCUUGCGCUCCAACCUCAGUGUCCUUCUACCCAAUAUUGACUCCCUUUCACGAGCUUCCAUGUCACCUGCUCCUGAUGGAAUCCCUAUCAUUGACCGCAUUGCUUCUCACCGCAAUGCCCUCAAGAUCUACUCCUUCUUCCUCCUUUCCAUUGUCCUGACUGAGGAAUCUUCAGCUGAUAGGGGAGCUGGGGCAAAGGUGACAGCACAUGGUCGGAAGAAGAAUCAUGUAUAUGCUUGGAACUGGGAAGCACAAAGAGGACGGAUCAUGAAUCUGGUUGCUACUUCUCUUGAAGUUGACCUUACGCUACUUUUUGGUCCAGGCGGUGCUGAUGAACGAUAUCUCUCUUUUGUUUCAAAGUGUACUCUUGUUCUCAUCGAGAACCAAAAUAUGUUAAAGGAUGAGGAAACAAGAAAUGCUCUAUCCCGGAUAAUUGGUGCAAUUGCUACAAAGCAUCAACGGAUAUCUCAAACCAGUGCAUCUGUCCUGCAUCUGAUCCAUAAAUUUGAUUUCACUGUUGCUCAUCUUGCGGAAGCAGUUGCUGCUGCAGAGAAAAAGUUUGGUGAUGGAAGCUUGGCAAUUUGCCUGAUCAGGGAAAUAGGACGCACUGACCCGAAAGAUUAUGCAAGAGAUGGUGCUGGUGCUGAUAAUGUUGGGAGAUUCCUAGUAGAACUUGCAGAUCGCUCGCCAAAACUUAUGUCUACCAACCUUGGUGUUCUGUUACCACAUUUUGGUGGGGAAUCAUACAAGAUCAGAAAUUCUCUUGUUGGGGUCUUGGGCAAGUUGGCUGCAAAGGCUUGUAAAGAUGACGAUGGUAAUAGCAGCACUCACUCCAUGAGGCUUAGAAGUAAGCAGGCUAUGCUAGAAAUUUUGAUUGAGCGUUGUAGGGAUGUGUCAGCAUACACGAGGAGCCGUGUGCUUCAGGUAUGGGCUGAGCUGUGUGAACAAAACGCUAUUUCAAUUGGCCUGUGGAAUGAAGUGGCAUCAGUUGCUUCAGGGAGAUUGGAGGACAAAAGUGCAAUUGUGAGAAAAUCAGCACUGCAACUUCUCAUCACAAUGCUACAGCACAACCCUUUUGGGCCUCAACUAAGGACAUCAAUGUUUGAGGCAACUCUAGAGAAAUACAAGGAGAAAUUGCAAGGAAUGGAGUCUCAAUCUCCUGAGGAAUGUGAACCUGAGAAUGACCACUCACUGGGUGAAGUGAUUGUGGGGCAGGAUGAUAGUAUCAGUGAUAGUUGCUUACCUUCUAGUCAAGACCAGAAGGAUCAAGAUCCUAUGGUUGCGGACAUAACAAAUUUGGAACAGAUCAGAGCUUUGGUAGCAUCCCUUGAGUCUGGCCUGCGAUUCUCAACAUGUAUAACUUCAUUAAUGCCAAUUCUUAUUCAAUUGUUGGCAUCAUCUUCAUCCACAGAUGUCGAGAACGCUAUUCUUCUACUCAUGAGAUGCAGACAGUUUCAGGUUGAAGGAUCAGGUGCAGCACUUCGGAAAAUGUUGCCUCUGGUAUUUUCUCAGGACAGAUCAAUAUAUGAAGCAGUGGAGAGUGCAUUCAUCGCUAUAUACACAGGGAGAAUCCCAACAGAAACAGCCAUAAGUUUGAUAAACCUCAACAAUGAUUGUAGCAUUGGUGACCUUGCUGCUCUUGAGAGCUUAGUUAGUUCAUUGGUAUCCAAAGGAGAGGUUUCAUCCAGCACAGUAUACUCUUCUCUCCCUUUAAUAUUUUCUAUCUCAGCUUUGUGGGAUUAUUUUUGCUUUAACAUCAGCGGCAUGAGGCCAAUUCAAUGCCGUGGGGCGUUAUCAAUUCUUUGCAUGGCAGCAAAGUCAUCUCCCAGCAUUCUGGGUACUCACUUGCAAGAUAUUGUUGACAUUGGAUUUGGACGCUGGGCUAAGGAGGAGCCUCUGCUUGCUAGAACUGCAUGUGUUGCCCUGCAUAGAUUAUGUGAAGAAGACAAGGUCAAAUUAUUAAGUAUUGGUAGCAGAGUAUUUGCUGCAUUGCAAAGUCUGGUAACUAGCUUGUCUCUUCCUGAGAAAAUAUGGUAUGGAGCAGCAGAUAAAGCUAUAAGUGCCAUCUAUGCAUUACACCCUGCACCUGAAAUCUUUGCUGCCGAGAUUGCAAAGAAAUCCCUCAAUUCCGCAUUCAGUGCCUCAAGAAUGGAUGAUGUGACGAAUAGAGUUGAACUUGAAACUCAAAAUGGUUCCUCUGUUUCAGCGGUAUCAGCCACCAAGUUGGGUAGAUUUCUUUUUGUUAUUAGUCAUAUAGCACUUAAUCAUUUGGUUUACAUUGAGACUUCUGUUAAGAAAAUUCAGAAACAAAAACAGAAGAAUGACAAAUCACAGACCACUAAUGAGGAAGGUCAGGCAGAUGCCUCCAAGAAUUCAGAGGCACAAGGAAUAAAUGCUGAAUUGGGACUUGGGGCAACAGUUGAUAUUGCAAUAGAGUCCCUUGCUGAAAGAGCUGAACGAGAGAUUAUUUCUUCUUCUUGCGAAAAGAACCUUAUUGGAUAUUGUGGACCGUUUCUCUCAAAACUAUGCAGGAACCUGACUUUGCUGCAAAAGUUCCCAGAGCUACAUGCUUCUGCAAUGCUUGCUCUUUGCAGAUUAAUGAUUCUUGACGCAGAAUUCUGCGAAGAAAAUCUCCAGAUCCUGUUUACUGUUGCUGAAACCGCGCCUUCUGAAAUAGUCCGUUCUAACUGCACUAUAGCCCUAGGUGAUUUAGUAGUUCGUUUUCCAAAUCUCUUAGAACCUUGGACAGAGCACAUUUAUGCCCGAUUGAGCGAUCAAUCAGCAUCUGUGAGGAAGAACGCUGUGCUGGUCAUUUCUCAUCUUAUAUUGAAUGAUAUGAUGAAGGUUAAAGGGUAUAUCAACGAAAUGGCUGUCAGAGUUGAAGAUGAAGAUGAGAGGAUCUCAAGCCUUGCAAAACUCUUUUUUCAUGAGUUGUCAAAGAAAGGAAGCAAUCCAAUUUACAAUCUUCUUCCGGAUAUUCUGAGCAGACUGUGCAAUCAACACCUCAAGGAAGAAACAUUUCACAGCAUUAUGCAAUUCUUAAUUGGUUCUAUUAAGAAGGACAAACAAAUGGAAGCUCUUGUAGAUAAGCUCUGCAAUAGGUUUGCUGGUGUAAAUGAUGUUAGGCAGUGGCAGUAUAUCUCUUACUGCCUCUCUCAGCUAACCUUCACUGAGAAAGGGUUGAAAAAACUCAUCGACAAUUUCAAGAUGUUUGAGCAUGCACUCUCCGAAGAUUCUGUAAUGAACCACUUCAGAACCGUGAUAGCAAAGUGUAAGAAGUUUGCUAAACCAGAUCUCAAAGUUUGCAUAGAGGAAUUUGAGGAGAAAGUUAGCAAGGUUCAUGAGGAAAAGAAAGAACAGGAGGCCACGAUGAGAAAUGCCGAGGCACACAAACAGCGAAUGGGCUCUCUUGACACAUUCCUGGUUACUAAGGAAGCUGGACAGGGUGAUGGAAAUAUUGUUGAAGGGGAAGCUAGUGAGGUUAUUGAUCCUUCAGUGGGUAGCAAUGCUGAAGAUAAGGAUAACAUGCCAGAAUGCAGCGAUAACAUUGAUCCUUCACUGGAUAGCAAUGCUGAAGAGAAGGAAUGUGGCGACAACAUUGAUCCUUCAGUAGAUAGCAAUGCUGAAGAUAGGGAGAACAUGCCAGAAUGUAGCGAUGACAUUGAUCCUUCAGUGGAUAGCAAUGCUGAAGGGGAGGAAUGCAGCGACAACAUUGAUCCCUUGGUGCAUAGCAAUGCUGAAGAUGUGGAGAACACGCCAGAAUCGAGCAUCAACAUCUGCUCAGAGAGAAGUCAGACAGCAUCCACAUUUACAGAAUCAGAAGAUAAUAGCGCAGAGGUUCAAUCAGCACGAACCUUGCGCAAAGGUUCUUCACGGUCAAAUGUAAAGAAAAUCACAGACCCAGUUUUAUAAGACUCGGCAGACAGCAGUACCCCAGCUAGGCGCACUAGUCGCUCGAGCAGAAGGCAACGGUGAUGCAGUUUUAGAUUAGCUACUGCAGCUUCAGUUAGCAUGGACCAAGUGUCGACCCCGUGGGCAGAAGACUGAUCUCGCCUUGAGAUCCCGGAGUUUCGAAGCAGCCGGUGCUCCUGACGCUUGUCUAAUAUUAUUUGUUGGUUUGACUCUGCCCUGUUUAGGAGUAGUAAUUAAGUACACGGCAGCAGCUUCCGAGUACUCUAUUUGGUUUCUGCUAGUCUUUCCGGGGACGACUUGUGCUAUUUAAUAGCAGUAUUUUCUGUCUAACAGUUCACACCAAGAUUUAUUUUUUGCUGGAUGAUCUUAAAGUAUGAAGCGUGACUUGUAUAAGUUGAUUCAA